AUGUCUUUAAAUGACCCAGCGGCUCUUCUUGCUCUUCUCGAGCAGCUCAAGGCUUCCGCUGCUUGGCACCACGCGUCCGGCUCGUCCCAGGCUCAGUCUGAUCCCGCCCCGAUUCCUUCCUCGUCCUCAAGUUAUCUCCCAGACUCCCCCAGUGCUAGAUCGUCGCUUCCAAGCGCGUCUGUAGCCUCUUUGUUGUCCCAGUUGAAUUCACCUCCUGUUGACCAGCCCCCUCCUGCUUUUGCUCAGGGCUAUCUCGUCCCCCAACCACAGGAGACUCUACAAGACAGAUCAAAAUUUUCCUUUCGUCAGUCGCUUCCAGUCGUGUCAGAAUUAUCGGACAAUCCCUCUUUUUCCGUCGCGGUAAAGAGGAUCAAGUCCGAACAAGACGACCUCGAGCGUCGAUUGUGGGCAGAUCGGGAGGCCAUCUAUGCAAAGUAUCAUGAAAAGCUCAAAAACGCUCAGACAAAGGCCCGGAUGAUUGGAGGAACAGUUUCCCAGCAUGAGCUCAAUAUGAUAACGGACGCCUUUAAGAAGGAAAUCCAAAAAUUUGACAUUGAACGCGUUUUGCCUGCUUGGGACGGCCUCAUAUCAAGGCAGCAGCUCGAGCUGUCCCAGAUGGGUGUUCCAACCAUGUUUGUCACCGCUAAUGUCGACGACCGCCAGCGGCAACAGCAGGUUGUUGGCCUAUUGGAAACUCUACUCGGUCCGAAAGCGGCUGUUUGA